AUGCGCCAAAUAAUUUGCCCACUACAACACGCAAAAAUAUUGAUUACCGAGGUUCUUGCGACGAGUCAGCUACCGCCCUGCUUGUCGCCAUCCCGUCGCUAUUCUGAAAAGUGCAAUCUGCUAGGUCUUGUCAUUGCAGUUGGCGACGAGUCAGCUACCGCCAUGCUGGUCGCCCAUCUCAGAAGAAAAAUGUCAUAUGAAGCCCUAAUUCCUCAUUUCCUAUGCAGCAACGACGACAAUAACGACGAAGACAACAGUAACCGAGUUCAUGAGAGUAGUGAAAAUACUCUAAGUGAUUCCGUGCAAAAUAUGGAAGAGGACGAUGGAGACGAUCCUCGUCCGAAUCUUCCAUGGUUACCAACAAUAAACAAGUCGUGGGAGGAAAAAGCCGCAAAGCGCUAUGCGGAUAUGCUUUUCAAAUGGCGUAGGACGUUGAAAAGCAAGCCUGAAUUUAAACCUCCUUCCAUCGAUAAUGAGACCUGGGCGCGAUGGAAGGCGGAUUGGGAACGCCCAGAUAAUAAAGCCGUUUCGGCUAGGAAUUCCUCCAAUAGACGUGGAGGAAGAGACAAAGCUGAAGCCACCCAUAUAGGUGGCUCAAUCCCGCACGCCAGAACAAUGCGGGAUUUGGAACAAUCAAAAGGUCAAAGACCCACGGCCUAUGAAAUUUUUACACGAACGCAUGAGAUCUUUGACAAUGAAACAGGAGAUUGUUCCCAAUGGACGAAUAGCAAGUCACAAAAAGUUAACGAUGAAUAUCGUUCUUUGAUGGAGGAGCAUCCAACUCGCGAUCCAAGUCAAAUUUGGUUGGAUGCUAUAAAAAACGUAGAAAGCGGUUCAAACAAAAAAAACAAAAAAAACAAAGAGGUAUUUGGGGUUGGUUCCGCCUCUCAAAUUAUUUAUCCUCCUGAGCCAACGGAUAUUCCGUCUUCUCAGCCUGCACAACCUGAUUAUGAUGCUAUUAUACAACAAAGGUUUGCGGAUUUAGAAGCCUGGCAAACGGAGUUUAAUAAUCAAUUAUGGGAAGCGAUACGAAGAGGAAAUGCUCCGACAGCCUAUGAGUAUCAUCAAAGGAUGACUGAACAAAUAGCAAGAGAAUGAGAACAAUUUAUGAAAUUCCUUGAAUCGUAUUUCAAUUUGAAUCAACCCCCUCCUCCACCUCCUCAAUGAAUGAUUAAAAUAUUUGUAAUU